GGAGCCCAAUGGAGCGCGUCACGUUUGGGCCGACCGAGGGGAACCCAUCGCCACGCUGUCAGUAGGUCAUCGCUUCGCCCGAAACUCAAGGGGCGGACUGGGUCAAAAAUGAAGCCCUGGCAUUUCCUGUCAGACCGGCCCACUGCACGAUCAGCGGACUCCACAAAUCGCACCGCAUCUUCUCUCGUGCAAACUCCCGUCUUUCAAUCCCUUCGUACAUCCCUUCGCUCUUCCGCUAAUCGCCACGAGGGACGCAGCCGUGCUUUCCGAAGUCCGUACGAGGAAGGCCGGCGCCCGGAUUUGGAACUGUGAGGCGGAUGUGCUAACUCGCCGGCCGUCACGCCGCCCCAUGCAAAGUCACAUUUGAGUGCAAUAGCCAGUGUUCAACGUGGAAAGGGCAACUGCUCUGCAUUUCCCCCCCACCACAAAACGUGGAAUUCCCAAGUUUUUGGUAGAUUUCUCAAAACGACUUGUUCGAUCUUCACGUCGUUGUGUCACGCGUGCACAUCAAUAAAGCGCUUUCUUAUUUCUUCGAGCAAGUCGCAAAACCCGAUCACCGAGUUUGGGGAAGAAAAAAAAACCGAUAACCGAUCACAAGAACACUUGUUCAUUUCUUGUAUAUACUUGUGUACUGUAUGUAGCUUCAAAAUGACUCUCUAGAAUUUUAGACAAAAGUUAAAACAUCGCUGACCUCUAGGGGGCAUUCAAGGAUUGUCCAAUGACAUAAGUUUAGGUCAAAUCAACAUUACAACAUGACAUAAAUGAUGGGUACUAAUUUACUGCAAUGGAAUUGCUUUUAACAAAUGCUGUAAAUGACAUGCUCCCUCUAACCUUCUCACUCUAUGGACGAAUGAUCUCGUUCGAUGUGCGUCACGCUUCUGAGUCGCGCAGAAAAUGACCAGGGACGCAGAAAACAUGGUGAAUCUGCGGCCGCGGAGAACCUUGUGUUUGAACCCGCCUACUUUUCAAGCGAGCAAAAAGUAUUGGAACGUGGCUCAGGUGCAGCCUCGCACUCCGUCUUCUUGUCUUUCUACCAGGGCCCAGUCUGAAGACGAGAACCUGAUUUACACGGGCGGUCUGGGAACUGCAGUUCGUGGGGUGAAAAUGUUCUCUUACAGCACAAGUGGGGCCAGUCUCUUUCUCGUGCCGCAGAUCCUCUUGAAAACAGGACUUGGAGUCCAGAGCGUUGCCCUUCAAAUGGCUUUCUGCGGCAUCAUGGGCUUCUUCACCUUCCUCACCCCUGUGCUCCUCCACUUCAUUACCAAGGGUUAUGUGGUCCGUCUGUACCACAACCCAGACCAGGACACCUAUACUGCCAUAACCUACAGCGUCUUCCUAACGGAGCAAAAGACAGUCUUUCAUCAGAAGCAGGUCAGCAUACCAGCUGUCAGCAAGAUGUUCACCACCUUCUACGCCGACAAGACUGGGCUGCUGGUGAACCCCGACAUGUUCGUCCUCCCUCAGGAUUACAACCACCUCAUGGGCUAUGACAAGCCCUUCACCUUCAGAACAGACUACACGGACAGGCCGUGAUCUAAAGUACAGCUGACCGCUUUAAAUGUAGAAUGUGGUGUUUUUGCUCAUUUUCCCAAAUUCAAUACAAUUUACAGUCAAUCCAUUUUUGGCACCAACAAUUGUCUAUUAUUUGAUCAUCUUUAAUCUGUGUUUAUUUUCCCUUUAUGCAUACAUUUAAAAACAAAAGUUGUAAAGAACUCUGAAACAAAUGCUAUUUUAACCUACAAACACAGGGACCCCCCCCUCUUCGCUAUGACCAUAACAACUCAUCCAUUGAACUUGUAACUCCAUGGAGCUUCUGUUAGUUUCUGGUUAUCUCGUUGAGGAUUUACCUGAAAGAGUUGCUGUUUGGAGGUAUAUUGCCAUCCGUCCUCAUCGAUCUUCCUUUGAGUUCUCAAUAGGGUUGAGUUCAGGGGUUGAUGGUGGCCAUACGAUGGGUUUUCUCCCCAGACCUGCUUAAGUUUCAGUGGUGUCUUUUCUAGUGUGGGAUUGUUUGUUGUCUUUCAGCAUUUAUUUUAAAUUUAAUUUUUUUUUUUUUUUUUUUAUAUAAACUGUGUGGAAGUCAUGCUUGUGUUUUUAUACCAUGACAGGAAAUUGUCGAUUUGAACUCUUCAUAUUUUGCUGUGGUAAUUUUGUCAAAUUUAGGGUACUACUGAGCCCUCUGCAAAUGUUUGUCCUUGUGAGCAUUGGUUAGGCGUGGCAGAAAUACAGUUUUAAGCAUGACUGCAAUCCUAAGAGGGCCCUGCAUGAAGAGGUUCUUCAGACUCCAGAGACACAAGCGGGCUCAAAUCUCGGGCCCGCAGUGAUAUGAAAAUAUAUUCCGUAAAAGAGAGCGCGGUGGCGGAACGAAGCAAUUGAUGAACAAGUGAAGUUUUGAUGCGUUAUCGUUUCGUACACUGACUUAACACCAAAGUUGCAGUUGUAGUAGUAGGGAUUGAACCCCGGUCCCCAGAACUGUGAGGCAGAUGUGCUAACCAGUCGCCCACCGUGCCGGCAUAAACUUUUGCACGAUAUAAUAUUUUUUGGGGGAAAGGGUCUGUACGUUGUUUUCCAAUCUUUGUUUACAUGCACGAUAUUCAACCUCAUUAACAUCGCACACAGAAAUAAAUGUGUUCACACACUC